UGUUAUCUGGUUAACAUUAGCUAACAAUGGCUAACUGCAACGUUAUGGUUUUUCACACUCAAAUAGCCUCCAUCAUGGAGGUGUUAGCGAAUGCAGCCGUUGCAGAAAUCUGUAAACUCGUAGACGACGACUAUGCAGUGUUUCGUUUGGAAAUAACUCAAAGCCAGAAAGAAACCAGGACAUUGCGGAGGAAACUACAGCAACUAGAACUGAAGGUGGCACGGGAGCGCGCAGAGAGGACAACGCGAGAGCGCGUCCCCGCCAGUCCGAAUAGUGUCAAGUUCCUCGACCGAUACAGAGGAAUGGCAAGAGAUGAAGGACAUCUCACUGAAGGCCACAGGAGCUUUGUGAAGCCAGCGGAACACAACGCGUGGAGAGAUGACCAACCCAUAGCGAUAGAUGAGGGGAGUGGAACCUCAACCCAGCAUGUUAUCGUGAUAGAGUCAGCAGAUGCAGAGGCUGCAGGUCCUGGGGUCAAGCAGAAGGAGUCUGAAAGAGAGGAGGACCCACGACACAGCAGAGAUAUCGAGACUGGAGCAGCGGCGGGAGUGACGCCCCCUGUAGCCACGGAGGACCUCGCCACCGCCACUGUGCCCCAGGCCAGGACCCGACGCAGCAUCACGGAGGAGGAGGUGGCUCCAGAGGUGCUGCUGGUGAAGGAGGAGGGGUGUGAGGAGGGUCUGAAGAACCCUGUGGGGACCAUGGUCAUGGAGGACAACCAGACUGCACCUCCUCCUGAACCCACAGAGGAACCAACUGAGCUGAAAAGGACCACACACAGUCUCCCUGAGUCAGUAGACAUGGAGGAUGGGAAGCCUGAUCUGCUACUAGUCAAAGAGGAGUUUAUAGAAGACGGACCAGAGAGCAUUGACCUGCUGAGUGGACUAAAGAUGGGGGAGCAAGGUGGUUGGCUGGAGGCUAACAGAGAAGACUGGGCAGCCAUCUUGGAUUCCCAGAACCAGGCCAGUGCAGCCAGGGACCCGGGGGACAUCACCACCGAGCAGGCCAGGACCAGAGGCAACAUAGUGGAGUCUGCAGUCCAUGAGGACAUGCUGAUAUCCGGUGCUGCUGGCAGGCGAAACUGGACCUCUGAGGCGGCUGGUCACAAACCUUGGCUCCGGAUCAGGACACUGGAUCAGGAGCCGUCGAUUUUCCUUUCCGAGUCAGAAACAGAACCAAACCGUGAGAGGCAGAGACUCCAGCACCACACAGAACACAACCAGUGGACAGGUGGACUGAACAACCUCAGUCCUGGUGGUCAUCAGAUAGACAGAGGCUCCAGUCAGGGAUCCAGUCUGCAGCCCAGACCCUUCUCUUCACAGUCUCAGUGCAGAGAUGGAGCAGGACCUGGGGCUGAUAGAGAUAGACCCUCCUGUUCCUAUGAUACAAACACCACAGUAUCCAUGAUGAACAAUUCAGGUCACCCUGGGCUUCAGCCUUCACAGAGAGUAGUGGGAGACACCCUCGGUGGGAGUCUAACAGGAAGUCUGUCUUCUCCUUCAGGAUCUUGUCUAAUGCCUGGUGAAUGGGUUCAUAGAAGGCCUGCACCUGGGUCUAUCCUUCCUCAGUUACCUCAUGGUUACCCCACCAAUACAGACAGGGUCAGGAUGGGCGUUCACCACAAGAGGUACCUAGCCUAUAACACAACACUCAAUCCCAAAAACACCCAACCAAUGGCUAGAGGUCAAGGAUGGAGCUCAAAGACUAACCACCUGAGGGUGGUGGCUCCUGCUUCUGCCUCGUCUGGUGUCAUUGGGUCACAAUGUGGGAGGCCGAGUAAUAGGACGAACGCUGACAAGCCGUACGCCUGCCCCACAUGUGGGAAGCGCUUCGCUAGAGCAGACUAUUUGAGGGAGCACCAGGCCGUUCACACCAAGGAGAGGCCCUUCAAGUGCAAACUAUGUUACAAGAGCUUCUCCUUCCUGACUAACCUUAUCAGACAUAGGAGUGUCCACAACCGGGAGAAAUUGUAACAGUGUGCCUCGAGAUGUACGCAGGGGAUAUCUUGGAACUAUUCUUAAGUUGACAUAUAGUUGUGAAGUGUUUUGUGGAAGAGGGUAAUUAACCACAUACCCUUCAUUAACCCUUUGUUAACUUGUCAUUUGAAACAGGCUUGGAUAUACCUGUUUUUAGAGAGACAGUAAACCUAGGCUAAAACAAGGAUAGUUGAAUAUUUAAAGCAAAGCAUCGCUUUAUUACAGCCAGACUUCUCCCCAUCUUUACAACCAUUGAAUCUAUGUUUUGACCAUGACAGUUGACAAUCUAAGGUAACACCAAGUAAUUUUGUCUCCCCAACAUGUUCAACAGCCACACCAUUCAUUACCAGAUUCAGCUGAAGUUUAGAACUUAGGGAAUGAUUUGUACCAAAUACAAUGCUCUUAGUUUUAGAGAUGUUCAGGACCAGUUUAUUACUGGCCACCCAUUCCAAAACAGACUGCAACUCUUUGUUAAGGGUUUCAGUGACAUAAUUAGCUGUGGUUGCUGAUGCAUAUAUGGACACACAUGCUUUGUUUAAUGCCAGUGGCAGGUCAUUGGUAAAAAUAGAGAAGAGUAGAGGGUCUAGAGAGCUGCCCUGCAGUACACCACACUUUACAUGUUUGACAUUAGAGAACCUUCCAUUAAAAAACAUGUUUUGAGUUCUAUUAGAUAGAUAGCACUGAAUCCAUGAUAUGGCAGAGGUUGAACGCCAUAACGCAUACGUUUUUCAACAACAGACUAUGGUCAAUAAUAUUCAAUAAUAUCUCAAAUCUAACAGUACAACUCCCACAAUCAUUUUAUUAUAAAUUUCUUUCAACCAAUCAUCAGUCAUUUGUGUCAGUGCAGUACAUGAAUGCCCUUCUCUAUAAGCAUGCUGAAAGUCUGUUGUUAAUUUGUUUACAGAGAAAUAGCAUUGUAUUUGGUCACACACAUUUUUUCCCAACAGUUUGCUAAGAGCUGGCAGCAAGCUUAUAUGUCUGCUGUUAGAACCAGUAAAGGCCGCUUGACCACUAUUGGGUAGCGGAAUUAUUUGGGCUUCCCUCCAGGCCUCAGGACAAAGACUUUCCUCUAAACUCAGAUUAAAAAUAUGACGGAUAGGAGUGGCUAUAGAGUCAGCUACCAUCCUCAGUACCUUUCCAUCUAAAUUAUCAAAGAUUUGUCAUUAUUGAUCGAUAACAAUAAUUAUCUCUAGCCAGCACAAAGACACAAUAUCAUAUUCUAACCAGGUUCUUGAUUACUGCACUUAUUAUUAUUAUUUACUCAACAAAAACUAUGUGAUGCAUGGGACAUAAUACAUUGAUCAAUAAAUAGUAUAUCAAGAAGUUAUGAGAAAUGUUGCCUUACAUCCUUGCCAAUUCUAGACAUUGUCAAUAGUAUGGUAUUUAGCUUGUUAUCUGUCAGUCAAUCGUUAAUAGCUGGAAGGACGCGUCAAUGCGAUAGGCAGACUGCUUCUCCUCGAACACCGCGGUGAAAGGGAUGCUGAGAGCACAUUGGCUAUCGAACGACCAAUAGCAUGAGACGUGGGCCUUGAAUAUUUCGAUUCACUACCGUAAUUCAAAGAACAGCGCGCAAUUAUUUUUCAUUUAACAACCCCCUUUGAGCCAUAACGCCAACCAAUAAGAUCCCCUUCUCUUCAGUGUAACCGGAAGUGAACAGCGACCAAGUACAAUUUCCACGUUAGCAUUUUUAUUUGUGAUAUUUGGACGUUUAUUAACACCCUGGAACUCAAAAUAUGACUAAUUGAACUGCACCGAAUCACAUACUUACACCCUGUAGUAUUUAAUUUGCGUUGGAGACAGGGCUUGGUUGAUAAAUGUUAUCUAGGUAACGCUAGUUAGCUAGCUGUGAACAUUAGCCAACAUGGCUAACUGUGUGGUUUUUCACACUCAAAUAGCCUCCAUCAUGGAGGUGCUAGCGAAUGCAGCCGUGGCAGAUAUCUGUAAGCUCGUAGACGACGACUAUGCAGUGUUUCGUUUGGAAAUAACUCAAAGCCAGAAAGAAAACAGGGCAUUGCGGAGGAAACUACAUCUAUUGGAACUGAAGGUGGCACGGGAGCGCGCAGAUAGAACAACGCGAGAGCGCGUCCUUGCUAGUCGUCCCAGUAGUGUCAAGAUCCUCGAGCGAGGAAUAGAAAGAGGUGAAGGAAAUCUCACUGGAGGCUACAGGAGCUUUGUGAAGCUAGCGGGACACAAAACAUGGAGAGAUGGCCAACCAAUCACUGUUGAUGAGGGGAGUGGAACCUCAACUCAGCAUGUUAUCGUUAUAGAGCCUGCAGAUGCAGAGGCUGCAGGUCCUGGUGUCAAGCUGGAGAGGUCUGAAGGAGAGGAGGACCCACGACACAGCAGAAACAUCCAGGCUGGAGUGCCCUCUGUAGCCACAGAGGACCCCACCACAGCCCUAGUUCCGCCCAGGAUCCGACGCAGCAUCACAGAGGACAGUGGAACGCAGAACACUGUCCUUAAGUCAGAGACAGACACAGAGACUUUAACUGUAACACAAAGGAUUUUGCACACAGGAUCUGACCACAGGUCAGACCCAGAGAUACUGGAGCUGGGGGGACUGGGCUGUCGUUCUGCUCCCGGCUCAGAGUAUUUACUUUACGGUAACCCGAGGACAGUUCUGUCCCAUCAGGACUCAGGUGACGCAUUACAGACUGGCAAUGAUCCAUCUUGUUCUUACACUGCAGAGACAGGGAUGAUACCUGGUGACAUGCCUGUGGGCUUAGAUACACAGACUAAUCCAAUGAGAGGGGACUGGAAUCGGUACAGUAGUAGUGUGUACUCUGAAGACUGCCUGGAUGAGAAAGGGGAGGGUCUGGCCUUAGAUGAUGUGACUGUGAAAAUGGAGGGCGACGCUCCUCUGACAUGGAAUGAAGUCGAGACUCAUUUAGGAGAAGGACACUCGCAGGACAACAGCAGUGACUUCUUAGACUUCAGGGAAAACUUAGAGACAAAUCUAAAUGUCACAACCAACUCCUCUUUACACCCAGUGUCCAUGUCAAUGACACCUUCCGAUUCACAAGGCCUGUUCGAUCAGGUAUUGAACUCAAAUGACCAAAGGUCCAAGGCUCGGGGAGGGGGAGCAAAAAUUGGCAGUAAAGAGAAGCGGUUCCUUUGCAUGUUCUGUAAUAAAGGCUUCAGCUGCCCCCAGAAGGUGGAGAUUCACCAGAGGGUCCACACAGGGGAAAAACCCUACAGCUGUACCCAGUGUCACAUGCGCUUUGCCCAUGCUGGCAACCUGAAGAGGCACCAGAGGGUUCACACAGGGGAGAAACCCUACAGCUGUCCCCAGUGUGAGAAAAGGUUCUCCCAUCAGCACCAUCUGAAGAUGCACCUGAAGGUCCACAUGGGAGAGAGGCCAUUCAGAGAGUAACUACCUUAGGAUACAGCAGCAGAAAAAACAUCCCCACUCUAUAACAUAGAAAGUAACCAUUCCACUUGAUAGCUUCUGACUUUGACAUCAAACCCUGAAUAAAAGACAAAUAUGAGUGUUGUCAACAGAAAAGAUCCACAGAUGCAUUUUGGAAUAAUGAGAGUAACAGAUUUCGGUGUUGAAUAUUCCUGGGUAGAAUAUUGCAUCCAGACAUUGUGAUAUAUAAGGCAUAUAUAUAUAUAAGUCUAAUGAGUCUGUUACAUAUUGUGUUUGUACUGUGUAGGAUAUAUGAUGUUCACAAAUGUAAUUCCUUCCAUUCAACUACUUAUUUUUUUGCCCAAUACACUUUUAAUGAGUAUACUAAUGCAGUCUAUCAAGUUCAUGCAGAAGUAUGUGUGAUUUUCAUAUGGUGAAUUUAAAACGUGUAUGUUUAAUAAAUAAACAUUUUGACUUUG